UGCAGCCUCCCUGAUCGUCACCAGGAGCCUCUGGGUGAGUCACACACAGACACCAAGUCGAGUUUCAACAACGUCACAAUGGAGAGACGGACCAAGAAUCACUCUUUGUCAAUACUGAUCUCCAAAUCUGUUCAGAUCUCCUCAGGACUUCCAAAGAUCUACCAACUGAAAACAGAAACAAAGACGUUUGGAGAUCUGUCCACAGUGACCAUUGGUACCAAAGACACCAAGCAGAAUAAUAAAACCAUCUUACUAGUUGGUGAAACAGGGGCAGGAAAAUCCUCUCUGAUCAACGCUCUGUUCAACCAUGUGAUGGGAGUUCAGUUUGAGGACGGGGUCUGGUUUCAGAUCGUAGACAGGCAGCAAGGUAAAACACCAGAUGUGACCAUAUAUGAGAUCUGUAGUUGUGAAGGUAAAACUCUGCCCUGUUCAGUCACCAUCAUUGAUACUCCUGGAUAUGGAAACACCAAAGGAAUCGAACAAGAUGACAUAGUCAUUGACAGGAUGCGUAAACUGUUUGAGACAGAAAACGGUGUUCAUGAGCUUCAUGCAGUGGGUCUGGUGAUGAAGGCAACUGAUAACAGACUUAGUGACAGAUUGAUGUACAUCUUUGACUCGGUGAUGUCUCUGUUUGGAAACGACCUGGAGAAAAACAUCGUGGCUCUGAUCACUCACUCCAAUGGAAGAACACCUAAAAAUGCUCUUCAAGCUCUUGAAGCUGCAAACUUCAGAUGUGCAACAAACGAAAACAAUCAACCAGUUUAUUUCUUGUUCAACAACCAGCAGAAUGAAGAUCGAACAGACGGAGCAGAGCUCUGCACUACAGCUCAGAGAAUAUCAGAGAAAGGAAUGCAAGGGUUCACAGCCUUUGUGGAAAAAAUUUCACCUCAAAGACUGAAAACUACAACCGAAGUGAUGAACGAACGCAUCAGACUGACGGCCUGCGUCCAAAACCUGCUGGACAGAAUCAGACGGACUGAACAGAAACAGACAGAAAUCAAACAGAUUGAAGAAGGACUGAAGAUGCAUGAAGAAGAGAUGGGAGAAGAGGUCACAAUUCAUGUAGAUGAGCCCUAUGUUGUCAAAGAACGCAUCAGCGGAGGAAGGAAGUGGCUGAUCUUCUAUGAAGGAGCUGUGACCUGUCCUGUCUGUAAGGAAAACUGUCACAAAGACGGAUGCACCAAGACCUGGCGCCCCGAGUUCUGUGAGGUGAUGAGAGGAGGCCGAUGCACUGUUUGUUCCAAGAAAUGUCCUGCAGCUGUUCAUGUCAAACAAACAUGGAUAUACAAGAACACAACGAAGAGAGUUGAGAAGAAAAUACCCAAGAUGAAACAUGACAGUGAAAAUAAAGCAAAGUUUGAGGACCAGACACGUUAUCUGAAAAACCUUGAACAGGAAAUGAAGAAACUUGUGGAAGAAAAAUACAAACUGGUGGAUGAGGCCUAUCAACAUGUCAUCAGACUGGAGGAGAUUGCUCUCAAAGUUGAUUCAGUGUCUGUUAAUGUCCACUUGGACUUCCUGAUUGAGAAAACCAAAGAAAAGGGAGACAGAAGGAAAGUCCAGAAACUGGAGGAACUGAAGGGAAAAGUGGACGAAGGAACCAAAGCAGCUCUAAGAUACAAAAAUGCUUUUUAAGUUUAGUUUAUGAUGAGAAAUAAAUCUGUGAAAACAUUCAUUGGAGACAUUAGAAAGUUUAACCCACAGGUUCAGAAAUGAUCAAGAUACAUUACCUUCAAAACGUGGUGGAGGGAUUAUUUUAAUUAAUGCUCAGUAUAAUCCAAAAAUCUGUCUGUACAUAAAGUUUAAAGAUUGAGAUAAAAAUACAGAAGUUUUAAAAUCAGAAGUACAUUUUAUUUGUCUUUUUUGGUUUUAUUUUUAAUGUGUUCAUACUGAAAAUUAUUACACUGACUCCCAAAAUGUAACACACACACACACACACACACACACACCCUGCCAUAUACAUUUACUGAACACAUAUUUUAAAACUAUUAGAAAUAAUUUGUUGAUUCAUUCAUUCACAUUUUGUUCAUUGUGGGUUUUUGGAGUCUUUGAAUAAAAUCUCUGUGUAACAGAAAA